GCUAUAUAUGCUUCUGCCUCACCUUGUGCAGCAGCGCUCGGAGCCCAGAUGAAGUGAGAUCGACAUGGCGUCCUUGUCUAGAAGAAGCCUCCUGCGAUCUCCUCGCAUCGCAACAGCUCUCACCCCCGCACUCCGUCGCAGCUACGCAAAGACGCCAAGUCUCAGGCAGGAAAAGAAGGAGGGACCCGAGAUCUCAGCAGGGCAUGGACAACCCCCUGCUCCAGCGAACCCUUCCGUUCCCCUUUCAAAAUCCGAGUUCGUCCAAGACGACUACCAAAGCGCCGCCCCGGAAGAUACUCAUCCCGAACGUGACCGCACCACCGUCAAUCUAGCUUGGCCGUCAUCCGCACCCUUGGGGAUUCCUAUCCAAGUCCAAGGUAAAUGGGUGGAAAAAAUUCAGGCGACACGGGAUGCUCUACUGAUUAAACAACCUGGACGGAAGGAGUUCCCGGUACUCUAUCACACGCUGCGCGAUGCAUGCAAAUGCUCCCAGUGCGUGGACCCGUCUACUAAGCAGCGCAAUUUCCGCACCACCGACAUACCCAUUGACAUCAAGCCGCAAUCUAUAGAGAUCAAGGACAAGCAAGUGGUGGUAAACUGGGACCGAGGAAUGGCAAGCGGCGAGACGACCCACAGAUCCCAGUACCACAUCGAUCAUAUCAAACACGGCGUCCUGGCGCCACUCUUGGAAGUUGCUAGCAGCAAGAGACGGUGGCGAAAGAUCUGGAACCGUGCGACGAUCGAAGAAGAUGUGUACUGGGUCGACUACAAUGAUUUCAUGCGGGAAAGUGAAGCAUUCGCCUUGGCCCUGCGAAGCCUGUCCGAAACCGGACUAAUUUUCGUCAAGAACAUCCCGGACUCUCGCGCCGAGGUCGAGAAGAUCGCGACCCGGCUCGGUCCCCUCCGCAACACGUUCUACGGACCGACCUGGGAUGUGCGCAACAAGCCCAAUGCCGAGAAUGUCGCCUACACGAACCAGUUCCUGAACUUCCACAUGGACCUGAUGUACAUGAACGAGCCCCCGGGGUUCCAGCUCCUGCACUGCCUCCGGAACUCGUGCGACGGCGGCGAGUCGCUCUUCGCCGACACCUUCCACGUGGCGCGGUCCAUGUACCAUGACAAGCGGCUGCUCUGGAAGGCCCUGACGCGGCUGGACCUGACCUACGAGUACAACCACGCGGAUCACUUCUACACCAACACCUGGCCGGUGUUCGAGCAAGAGUUCCCGCUGCCGCGGGAGGGCCUCCGGCGGCGGCUGACCCGGGUCAACUACUCGCCGCCCUUCCAGGCGAGCAUCACGGACCGCUACAAGGACCACAGCGAGUACACCCUGGCCGUAGAGGCGCUGAAGUACUUUGCGGAGAAGCUCGAGGACCCCAAGAAUGUCUUCGAGCUGAAACUCGAGCCGGGCCAAUGCGUCAUCUUCGAGAACCGGCGCGUCGUGCACGCCCGCCGCGCCUUCAACACCGCCCAGGGCGACCGCUGGCUGGCUGGUGCGUAUGUCGACGAGGAUGCCGUGCUCUCCCGGGUCCGCACCGUGGUCCGCAACCGGCCCUUCAGAAAUAUCUGGCAUGAUCGCGACUACGGCCCUAUGUUUCCCAGGACGCCGAAUCAAGCCCGCCGGAACAAGGAUCCUGAGAACUGGACGGCAAACGUCUGGCGCGCGGAUGAGGAGUCAUCGUAGGUUGGAAUUCUUCAUGGCGCCAUACUAGUAUAUGUAUGUGCCUCGCCCUGCAUGGCCAAAUGCCCGAAUAAAGCGGAUUGCCUGACUUGCAGAAUUCCAUCUGUCUAUCAUAUACAAUAUAUCACAUGACUUCUACGAGGAAAGAUACACCGCAGCUUUUGCUUCCAUAUAGAGGAUGUAAGACGGACAUAUUACUUCGAGCGGCGUAAGACCAAGACGGCAAGGCAACGGAAGAAACUGAAACC